UUUUCAGGAGUACAAUCCUAGCAAGAGGAGAAAAACCUUCAGAUUACCAAGAUGGCAGGAGCCUCUGUCAAGGUGGCAGUGCGGGUGCGUCCUUUCAACUCCCGGGAAAUGAGCAGGGAUUCCAAAUGUAUCAUACAGAUGACAGGAAACACCACAACUAUCAUUAAUCCAAAGCAGCCCAAGGAGACACCAAAAAGUUUCAACUUUGACUAUUCCUAUUGGUCUCACACAACACCUGAAGACAUCAACUAUGCCUCUCAGAAGCAAGUGUACCGGGACAUCGGAGAGGAGAUGCUGCAGCACGCUUUUGAAGGUUAUAACGUCUGCAUCUUUGCCUAUGGCCAGACUGGAGCGGGCAAGUCAUACACUAUGAUGGGCAGACAGGAGAAGGACCAGCAAGGCAUAAUCCCCCAGCUGUGCGAGGAUCUCUUCUCCCGAAUCAAUGACACAACGAAUGACAACAUGUCGUAUUCAGUGGAGGUGAGCUACAUGGAAAUAUACUGUGAGCGUGUGCGUGACCUUCUCAAUCCCAAGAACAAAGGGAACUUGAGGGUGAGAGAGCACCCACUUCUUGGGCCGUAUGUUGAAGAUCUCUCGAAACUAGCUGUCACAUCCUAUAAUGACAUUCAGGAUCUAAUGGACUCUGGGAACAAAGCCAGGACAGUGGCUGCCACCAAUAUGAAUGAAACCAGCAGCCGCUCACAUGCAGUCUUCAAUAUUAUCUUCACCCAGAAACGGCAUGAUGCAGAGACUGACAUCACCACAGAGAAGGUCAGCAAAAUCAGUUUGGUGGAUCUUGCAGGGAGUGAACGGGCUGAUUCCACUGGAGCAAAAGGCACAAGACUUAAGGAGGGAGCAAACAUCAAUAAAUCAUUAACCACACUGGGGAAGGUGAUUUCUGCUCUGGCUGAGAUGGAUUCAGGACCAAAUAAGAAUAAGAAAAAGAAAAAGACGGACUUUAUUCCAUACCGGGACUCUGUACUUACUUGGCUCCUUCGAGAAAAUCUAGGUGGCAAUUCUCGGACAGCUAUGGUUGCUGCUCUCAGCCCUGCUGAUAUCAACUAUGAUGAGACCCUCAGCACUUUAAGGUAUGCUGACCGUGCUAAGCAGAUCAGGUGCAAUGCUGUCAUUAAUGAGGAUCCUAACAACAAGCUGAUCAGAGAACUGAAGGAUGAAGUGGCUCGCCUGAGAGACCUGCUCUAUGCCCAGGGCCUGGGAGACAUCAUUGACACCAAUGCUGUUCCAGGAGGACCUAAAUACAUGUCCGACUUUGAGAACAAUAAUGAUAAUCGUAGAGUGGCAGAUAUGAGUCAACGCCAUGACAAUCUCUCCACAGUGACCAAUGCCUUGGUAGGAAUGAGCCCGUCCUCCUCACUGUCAGCCUUGUCCAGCCGUGCAGCUUCUGUCUCCAGUCUCCACGAACGCAUCAUGUUUGUUCCAGGUAGUGAAGAAGCCAUUGAGAGACUGAAGGAAACAGAGAAGAUCAUCGCCGAGCUGAAUGAAACGUGGGAAGAAAAGUUGCGCAGAACAGAAGCAAUUCGUAUGGAGAGGGAAGCUUUGCUGGCAGAAAUGGGUGUGGCUAUGAGAGAAGAUGGUGGUACCCUGGGGGUGUUCUCUCCUAAAAAGACACCACAUCUAGUCAACCUAAAUGAGGACCCGUUGAUGUCUGAGUGCCUUCUCUACUACAUUAAAGAUGGAAUAACCAGGGUUGGUCGAGAAGAUGCUGAGAGGAGGCAGGACAUUGUCCUCAGUGGGCACUUCAUCAAAGAAGAGCAUUGCAUAUUCCGAAGUGACACAAAGGCUGGCAGUGAAGCAGUGGUGACCCUGGAACCUUGUGAGGGGGCAGACACCUAUGUCAAUGGCAAGAAAGUAACAGAACCCAGCAUCUUAAGAUCAGGAAAUCGCAUAAUCAUGGGGAAGAGCCAUGUGUUUCGAUUUAACCAUCCUGAGCAGGCCCGGCAAGAGCGGGAGCGGACCCCUUGUGCAGAGACCCCUGCUGAACCGGUAGACUGGGCUUUUGCCCAGAGGGAACUGUUGGAGAAACAAGGCAUUGACAUGAAGCAGGAAAUGGAACAGAGGCUUCAGGAACUGGAGGACCAAUACCGGAAGGAAAGGGAAGAGGCAAAUUACCUUCUGGAGCAGCAAAGACUUGAUUAUGAAAGUAAAUUGGAGGCUUUACAGAAGCAGAUGGACUCAAGAUACUACCCAGAGGCUAAUGAGGAAGAGGAGGAACCCGAGGACGAAGUUCAGUGGACGGAGCGAGAGUUUGAGCUGGCACUCUGGGCCUUCAGGAAGUGGAAAUGGUACCAGUUUACUUCUCUCCGGGACCAACUGUGGGGCAAUGCCAUUUUCUUGAAGGAGGCCAAUGCCAUCAGUGUGGAGCUGAAGAAGAAGGUUCAGUUUCAGUUCGUACUUCUCACAGACACCCUAUACUCACCUCUUCCUCCGGACCUGCUUCCUCCGGAUGCUGCCAAAGACCGUGAGAAACGUCCUUUCCCAAGGACCAUUGUGGCAGUGGAGGUGCAGGACCAGAAGAAUGGAGCAACCCAUUACUGGACUCUGGAGAAACUCAGGCAGAGGUUGGACCUGAUGCGGGAGAUGUAUGACCGGGCGGCUGAAGUGCCCUCUAGUGUUAUAGAAGACUGUGAUAAUGUGGUGACAGGCGGAGACCCCUUUUAUGACCGCUUCCCUUGGUUCAGGCUGGUUGGCAGCUCUCCUAUUUUCAACACAUGCAUGAGCGAGCGCAUGGCUGAUCUCACCCCCUCCCCCACCUUCUCGAACCCUGACUCCGACAUCACCGAGCCUGCUGACGAGCAGCACGUGGGGAAGGAGGAGGAGGAGGAGGACCUGGAGGAAGACAUCUUUCCGGAGUACCCGCUGUAUGAUGGCCAGGAUCCAUUUUACGACCGCUCCCCCCUGUUCAGUUUAGUAGGAAGAGCCUUUGUGUAUCUCAGCAACUUGUUGUAUCCUGUGCCUCUGGUCCACCGUGUUGCCAUUGUCAGCGAGAAGGGGGAAGUGAAAGGAUUUCUGCGUGUGGCAGUUCAGGCGAUCUCAGCGGAUGAAGAAGCACCAGAUUAUGGCUCAGGAGUGCGGCAGUCAGGAACAGCCAAAAUUUCCUUUGAUGAUCAGCACUUUGAGAAGUUCCAGUCUGAGUCCUGUCCUGUAGUGGGAAUGUCCCGUUCUGGAACUUCACAGGAGGAGCUGCGCAUUGUAGAGGGACAGGGGCAAAUAACUGACAUAGGACCAUCGGCAGAUGAAGUCAACAACAACACCUGUGCAGCUACCCCGGAAGAUCUUCUCCUGGACAGUUCAGAGAAGUCAGCAGUGGACGGGCCUUUAGAAGCAGCCCUGGAGCACUUGAAGCUAGGCAGCAUCUUCACUUUCCGAGUGACUGUUCUGCAGGCCUCCAGCAUCUCAGCAGAAUAUGCCGACAUCUUCUGCCAGUUUAACUUUAUCCAUCGCCACGAUGAGGCCUUCUCGACAGAGCCCUUGAAGAACACAGGACGAGGCCCACCUCUUGGCUUCUAUCAUGUUCAAAACAUUGCAGUGGAGGUCACCAAAUCUUUCAUUGAGUACAUUAAGAGCCAGCCAAUUGUCUUUGAGGUUUUUGGACACUAUCAGCAGCAUCCUUUCCCCCCUCUGUGCAAGGAUGUCCUCAGCCCCCUAAGACCAUCUCGGCGCCAUUUCCCCCGUGUCAUGCCAUUAUCCAAACCAGUGCCUGCAACGAAGCUGAGUGCCAUGACAAGGCCCAGCAUCGGCCCCUGCCAGUGCAAAUAUGACCUGAUGGUCUUCUUUGAGAUCUGUGAGCUGGAAGCCAAUGGCGACUAUAUCCCUGCGGUUGUGGAUCACCGUGGAGGAAUGCCAUGCCAUGGAACAUUCCUAUUACAUCAGGGUAUCCAGAGGAGGAUCACGGUCACCUUGGUGCACGAGACAGGUAGCCACAUCCGCUGGAAGGAAGUGCGGGAGCUGGUUGUGGGUCGGAUCCGGAACACCCCAGAAGGAGAUGAAUCCCUCAUUGACCCCAACAUCCUCUCUCUGAACAUCCUGUCUUCAGGAUACAUCCGCCCUUCCCAGGACGAUCGGCAGUUUCUUGAUUCGGAUAUGCCUAGGACAUUUUUCCAAUUUGAAGCAGCGUGGGACAGCUCCAUGCACAACUCUCUGCUGCUGAAUCGUGUUACCCCAUACAGAGAGAAAAUCUACAUGACCCUCUCGGCAUACAUUGAGAUGGAGAACUGCACCCAGCCAGCUGUGAUCACCAAAGAUUUCUGCAUGGUCUUCUACUCCAGAGACGCCAAGCUCCCUGCUUCUCGAUCCAUCCGCAAUCUUUUUGGAAGUGGAAGCCUACGAGCGUUGGAGAGUAACCGAGUGACUGGGGUCUAUGAGCUCAGCCUUUGUCGGGUGGCUGAUGCUGGCAGUCCAGGCAUGCAAAGGAGACGACGACGUGUGCUUGACACAUCUGUGGCCUAUGUGCGAGGUGAGGAGAACCUGGCAGGCUGGCGGCCCCGUAGCGACAGUCUAAUCUUGGACCAUCAGUGGGAGCUGGAGAAACUGAGCCUCCUGCAGGAAGUUGAAAAAACAAGACAUUACCUGCUCCUGCGUGAGAAGCUAGAAACAACUCAGCGCUUAGGUCUGGAUUCCCUGUCUUCAAGUUCCAGCGAAGACUCUGAUUCUCGAAGCACAUCGUGUGUCUCAUCUCCUGUCUCAGCAGAUGGUACCCCAGAAGGGAGAGCUUUACCACUGGACACCCCCAGUGAGAGACAGAAAGAACUUGCAGUCAAGUGCUUGCGUCUCCUUACACACACAUUCAACAGAGAGUACAGCCAUAGCCAUGUCUGUGUCAGUGCAAGUGAGAGCAAGCUCUCUGAAAUGUCAGUGACUCUGAUGAGAGACCCUUCCAUGCCAGCUCUUGGUGGCACUACCUUGACCCCAUCCUCCACCUGCCCAUCGCUGGUUGAAGGACGAUACAAUGCCACAGAGGCCAGACCUCUCCAGCUCUCUUCCAGGGUGGAAAGCCCCGAAUCUGAGCCCUCCAUGGAAGGGGAACAGAAGAAAUCUCCCACCUGUGGACCUGAAGAGGAAAAGGAGACCCAGCGGCUGUUGGUCCCUGAUAUUCAAGAGAUUCGGGUCAGCCCCAUUGUCUCUAGGAAAGGCUACCUACACUUCCUGGAGCCCCACACCAAUGGCUGGGUGAAGCGCUAUGUGGUGGUGAGACGCCCCUACGUGUACAUCUACAACAGUGACAAGGACUCCGUAGAGAGGGCUGUGCUCAAUCUUUCAUCAGCUCAGGUGGAAUAUAGUGAGGACCAGCAGGCGAUGCUGAAAACCCCCAACACAUUUGCUGUGUGCACUGAGCACCGUGGGAUCCUGCUGCAGGCAAGCAACGACAAAGAUAUGCAUGACUGGCUGUAUGCGUUUAACCCUCUCCUCGCUGGAUCAAUAAGAUCCAAACUAUCUAGACGGAGAACAGCCCAGACAAGAAUUUAGCCUAGAAGAACAGCCUGCCUCAUCAAAGUGAAUUCAUGGGUGCUGUUUGAGGGUCCCAUCUUAAAUUUGGAUCUCUCCUGUCAUUCAUCUCUCCAGAUGCCUGCGCCACAGAGUGGAUCCAUCUCAAGUUACAGCUUCAUUGGCCAAACUCAUUUCUAUUGUAACUUUAGAAACCUGGAAUUCUUGUGCAAAUGUGAUCUUCCACCCAUCUCUUUAUUGGGUGAUAUAUGGCCACUAACAAAGCAAGAGCUUUUUUUUUUAAUUUGAUUUUUAAAGCAAUUGUUUCAUUAAGAGAGGAAUUUGCAAAGGAGUGGAAGUUAGAAAUCAUGUUACUUAAAAAGGAGAUAGAAGCGAUAGGAUUGUGUGCUGAUAAUUCAUAACUUAUUGACAUUUUAAAAAUUACUUGAUAGAGCAAGAAAGAGUAGUUUGAGAUUAUAUUUAUAAAGUAUUUAUUUCUAUUUACUUCACUGAAAAAUGUACAUUCUGUUUAUCAUGUGGUGUUCUUUUUUUUCCUGCACACCUACGCACAUUCAUGCUGCUGCAUCUCAUUUCUGGUAAAGGAAAAGAUGUGGAAUUGAGACAGUGUGGUGACUGGAGAGAGCCUCAUCAACCAUUUUGUGAGGGUAUCUCAUUUUGUGACAGCACUACCCUUGCUGUCUGGCUGCAGUUGGGGAUGUUCACUUUGAGAAGGAUAAUGGUUGGUGUGGAAAGGGUUAAGGGAUGCCCCCCUCUGCCAAACAUUCCUUUGCCUCCAGGAUCAGCCUCCCAAGGCUGCUUUUCAUGUUAAAAAAUUCCCAAUAGGGGAAUGUAACAUUCAUCUGCAUGUAACGUUGGGUGGGUUCGCACAGUCAGGGCAGGAAAAUAAGCCACUGUGGCUUAUUUUCCUGCACAAUGCGUGUUGAUCGCACACUGCCUAAUUACCCUCCCCAGGUGUGGCUUGCUGUGAUGUCUGAACCUGGCAAGGGCGGUUGGUGGGGGUGGUUUACAAAUCACCCCAGAACCCAUAGCUGGGUUCAGACAUCACAACAAGCUGCGGCCAGCUUAUUUCCCCCCCCCCCCGAUCGUUUGAACUCAGCCAUUGAGAUUCAGUCCUGUGUCAAUAGGGAUGUGAUAUUGGAGGUGAGCACAUGAUGUUCCCAGUAAAGGAAUGUUGGGGUGGCAGAUUGCUUAAUCCCUUUCCCUGCCAUGGCAGGGAAGGAAGAAACUGGGUUGCUUUUUGCCAGUCGUGUCACAGGCAGUAUUCAGUUGGUUCCUGUGACACAGAACCAUAUUCCACACAGCGAUUGGAACAGUAAUGGUUGCACUAUCUGAGGGGAGCAUUGCAUUUUCCAAGGUACACAGUAUGAAUACUCCCAAUGCUUAGGAAAAUAUAAUAUCUGCACAACAGAAGUGUAAACUCAAGGGAAGAUGUCUGGACUUCCCACAGCAAAUGAGAAACUACUGAAAGUUUGUUGUACUCAAAACUGACUGUCUGGAAAGACCCUUUGUUAUUUUCUUUUAUGAGUGAGGAAAGUAGGUUUGGAAUCAAUGAUAGGGGAUAGUAGCAAGAAGGAUAGGACCAUAGCAUAGGAAUGAAAAUGGUGGGAUAUAAAAUGGACCGUUUUUCACUGUUGUAUCAGAGGAUGCUUUUAAAAGUCUUCUUCCACAUGUGUACCUCACUCCUUUCUUUUUUCAGGACUAUUUGAAUUCUAAGUAGAAUGGCAAGAGUCAGAGACAUCAUAAAACUAAGAAGUCCCUAGCAUUAAGUAGUUAAAGAUGAUCCUUCCAUCAGGGCUGGGCUUUAGCUCAGAACUCCCCUUUUCAGAUGUUCGACAAACCCGUGAGGAUCUCCAACCCUUUCCACAUGUGUUCUUGGGUUUAUAUCAUCUCCCAUUGACAAUGGAAUUUAGUUUGCACAGCAUGGUUGCACCCUGGUUUGGUUGUUUCUCACUUUUAUUUAUUUUAUUUACUUCCCCAUUGUUGUGUCUGUUUGGUUUCCUGUGUGAUGCCCAGAUGAGAUUGUCUAUGCAGUGAUUUUUCUGUGGAAUUUCACUUUUCUUGUGAUGUGGGGAUGUGGGCAAAAAGAAGGUGAGAACCUCAGAAUUCCUUCUCCAUAGAUACAAUGCCCCAGGUGUAUGUAGCCUUCAGAUAGCCCAGCAAGAACAGUGGCCAGAAUAACCGUGAGAGACUCUGCAAGAAAGGUUCUGAAUCCACUCCCCAACCCAGCUCCGCAGUCUGUUCAUUUGACUAGAAGACAUAAUGUAACUCACUAGUAUUUUAUUCCAUUCUUUGCUGCCUAGUACUUUUUGAUUCACUCCCAUUCUGUUUUAGUUCUACAGGACAACAAAAAGUCAGAAGGGAUAAUUCUCCCCAUGGCCUCAUGUUUUACUGGUCUUUAUACACAGGUGUUUGUGGUGUUAGAUGCUCCUUCAAGAAUCAUUCUUAAAUCAUUUUUAAUAAAUUAAACACUAAGGGCUUGCCUAUCCGGAUACACUUUUGCAAGCUGUGCUGUCCAACUUUAUAUGCAUAAAGAACACUAUUUUGCAGCUCACUCAAGAUGAAUAUGGAGGAAACUGUCAUGUGAUAGUUGUAUUUAUUUAUCUUAACCCCCAUGGGUUUACUUUCCCUGUCUGCCCAAAAAGAAGCUAAUGUUUUGUUUUGUUUUUUUAAAAAAACCAGCCUUGGUGGAUAACUUUGAUUCACGUUAAUUUUCCAGCCCAAGGCUGCUUCCAGACAAGGAGUUUACAGUGAAAUUGCUAUGCUCCAUUCACUCACCUUUAACAGGGGGUCUACACAACACAGACCUCCUUCUGUAACCCUCCCAUGUUUCCACAGUGCUGCUUCCAUCCUUUUUCUUACAUCAGAAAGUCCACAGGGUGGGGGGGGGAAGAGGAGGAGUGGAAUAGCAGCUCAUUCUCUUGUGCAGGUGCGGAGAGAAAAAUGUGCAAUUGAGAAGGGUGGGAGCUGGCAUCCCUGAGGAAUGGGGAGGAGAUGCUGGAGAUGCCCUUCCUUUCUCUAUUGCUUGCUAUGAAUUUCCAUUUUGUGUCCUGCAACACAAGCCCUUGCCCCUAGAGUUUGCCUUUUACCUUCAGUAAUCCUUGCAAAUUAACUGCUUGUUCUUUAUAUAUAUUUCUUUUUUAAAAGAAUGCAAAGGAAUGCAUUUGGAUGCUCUAAAGCAGCUCUCGCACCCCUAUGAGCAGCCCCUUAAUUAAUUGCUUCCUGAAUUUGUUCCCUCCCAGAACUAGUUGUCCUCAAUAUUCCCAACAUGCAAAGUAGCUAUUUAACUGAGGUUCAACUAUGCCCUUUGAUUUUUUUUAUAGUUGUAUGCGAAUUCAGUUCUGAUGAAACAUUUGUGCAAGUACUAUUUUUAAAAAAUAAUGUUUGAAACUGCUUAGUGCUUGGGCGGCUGGGAGGUAUCUAGACUUUCUAAUAGCAAGAAUGCAAAUACUCCAGAGCCUUCUCUAACUCACCAUUGUGAUUAGAAAGCAGCAACUGCUGAGAGGGGGGAAAUCUCCCUCUGAAAAACAGCACAUCAUCUUGCAACUGUCAAGGUCUACAGGCCUAGAGGGUUCUGGAGAAAGGGGAAAUACUCAGUUCUGAGCCUCAUUCAUACUUCUAGGACUGAGUGCAGCAGGAAGUCCCAGUGUAUAAAACAACAAAGUAAUUGCUCAUUUGAAAUGCCGUUUUCUCCCUGCAUGGCUCAUUUUCGGUGUCAUAGCUGCGAAAGCACAGAAAGGUACAAUUUUAAAGGGGGCUGCCUUAAAAAUUAGGUCUCCCAUUAUCUCUUUAUAGACAGUGUUUUGUU